AAUGAUAUAAACUUGAUGAAGGAUUUGGGAAUGGAUUCUUACAGAUUUUCCAUAUCAUGGCCAAGAAUUUUCCCAAACGGAACAGGGGUACCCAAUACAGAGGGAAUAAAAUAUUACAACAGCCUCAUUGAUGCAUUACUUGAAAAAGGAAUCCAGCCUUUUGUAACCCUUUAUCAUUGGGAUCAUCCACAGAUGCUUGAAGAUAAAUAUGAAGGAUGGUUAAGCACACAAAUCAUAAAAGAUUUCGAGCAUUAUGCCUAUACCUGCUUCCAAGCUUUUGGGGACAGAGUUAAGCACUGGAUUACCUUCAACGAACCUCAUAACUUCGCUCUCCAUGGUUAUGAUUUAGGCAUUCAAGCACCAGGAAGAUGUUCCCUUUUGGGUCAUCUUUUAUGUAAGAAGGGAAAGUCAUCCACGGAACCAUACAUUGUUGCUCAUAACAUUCUCUUGUCUCACGCUGCUGCCUAUAGAAGUUACCAACUACAUUUCAAGGAACAACAAGGAGGUCAAAUAGGGAUAGCACUAGAUGCCAUUUGGUAUGAACCCAUAACUGAACUUGAUGAAGACAAAGAUGCAGCAGCCAGAGCCAUGGAAUUUUCACUUGGAUGGUUCCUUGACCCGCUUUUCUUUGGAAUGUAUCCUCUCUCAAUGAAAAAUCUUGUAGCUGAGAGAUUGCCAGAGAUUUCUAAUGCAACCUCAAACUUGCUUCUGGGAUCUUUGGAUUUUAUUGGCAUAAAUCACUAUACCUCAGUGUAUACUCGUAACGACAGGACUCGGAUUCAUAAACUUAUUAUGCAAGAUGCUGUAUCUGAUGCUGCUGUCAUUACAACAUCAUAUAGAAGAGGAGCUGCAAUUGGAGAAAGGGCAGCUUCACGUUGGUUGCACAUUGUCCCAUGGGGUAUCAGAAAGUUGGUAAAGUAUGUGAAAAGCAAAUAUGGGAACAUCCCAGUAAUUAUAACAGAGAAUGGAAUGGAUGACCCAAGCAAACCCUUUAUGACCUUAGAAAAGGCAUUAAAGGAUGAUAAGCGGAUAAGGUACCAUAGGGACUAUCUCUCAAACCUAUCUGCUGCUAUAAGGCAAGAUGAUUGCAAUGUUCGCGGUUACUUUGCGUGGUCGUUGCUUGACAAUUGGGAAUGGAACUUGGGAUAUACUGUACGCUUUGGGCUCUAUUAUGUGGAUUUCAGGAACAACCUUACUAGGAUACCAAAAGCUUCGGUCCAAUGGUUCAAAAACAUGCUCAGAUUAGAAAUGCAAGAGAUUAGUGAAAUUUGA